UCGCACAGAUUCACUCCGACGCGCCGUUAGCUUAGCGUCUUCAGUUCUUGCUGUAACUCUCUUGAUUUAAUAACUAUCGCGUUUAAUACGGUUUUAAUUCAGAGGUAGGUGGGUAAUAAAUCUGGACAGACACGUUUGAACGCUGACUGUUGUUCUGAGAGCUUUACAGAGCUGUUUCUCAGUGCUUCAGAGUGAAUUUCUUGUGAUAGUUAGAGCUGAUCUUCAGUACAAACAGCAAUCAUGGGCUCAAGAGCUUCAUCUCUACUGAGAGAAGAGGACAUUGAAGAAAUAAAAAAAGAAACUGGAUUCUCCCACAGUCAAAUCACUCGACUCUACAGCCGGUUUCACAGUCUUGACAAAGGAGAGAACGGAGCACUAAGCCGAGAAGACUUUCAGCGGAUUCCAGAGUUGGCUAUUAAUCCUCUUGGAGAUCGAAUAAUUAAUGCCUUCUUCCCAGAGGGUGAGGAUCAGGUGAACUUCAGGGACUUCAUGAAGACUCUGGCUCAUUUUCGUCCUGUUGAGGACAAUGAAAAGAACAAAGUUGCAAAUGCAGGCGAGCCGCUCAACAGCAGAUCCAACAAACUCCUCUUUGCUUUCCAGUUAUACGACCUCGACAGAGAUGACAAGAUCUCCAGAGAUGAGCUGCUACAGGUCCUGAGAAUGAUGGUGGGUGUGAAUAUUUCAGAUGAGCAGCUAGGCAGUAUUGCAGACAGAACUAUCCAGGAAGCAGACACUAAUGGAGACAUGUGCAUCUCCUUUAAUGAGUUCACCAAGGUAUUGGAAAAGGUGGACGUUGAACAGAAGAUGAGCAUUCGCUUCCUGCAUUGAAGACCAAAAGAGGUCUGAACUCUGAUUGGAGACCAUCCGAGUCAGUAUAAGCUAGACAUCCCCCUGAUUCUUCUCUCUUUCUUUUGUUUAUCUCUUGCUCUCAGCCUUGAGGUGCCACAACCAUUAAAAGGGAGUAUCCGGGUGCCUUUGUUUUUUUUGUUUUUGUAUUUCUCAAAGUCACCGCACCUUUUCUCUCAUGUUAAAAUUGUAUUUAUUCCAGUUGUAAAUGCAACUGCUUAUGACUUUCCAGAGGGGGAAUCUAUGGUUAAUAUUGAUGGACACUUGCUGUCAUAAUGUCAUGCUCUUUUCACCAUAAUCACCAUCUUAAAGGCCAAAAAUGUUGCUUCUGUAAUAAAGGAAAUGUGUUCCUGAAUAUUCCCAAGAGGAAUGGAUGAAACUUUUUGUAACUUACCCAAUGAAGAUGAUUUGUUUCUAAGCGGUUGUGUAAAUUGCAGUCAGCCAAACCUCAAUCAAUGUCACUGAUUUGUUCUAGAAAGGCUGGAGCCUGGGCACAUUUUCUUUCUCAUAAUGAAUAUUGAUUCCAAGUCAAAUGGUGUGAAAAUGCUGAAUGCAUCUUAAAUCAAUGUAGUUGAUUUUCAAAUUUAAUGUCAACAAUUGUAAGAGAAAAUUGGUCAAUUGAGUACUUCAGACAGUGAGCAAAUGUCUCAAGCCCAUCAAGCCAAUUUUUAAAGGAGUUCUGAUUUGUGAUUAGUAGCACAGAAACUACACACUUCAUUUUUAAGAUUUACCUGCAUUUGGUCCAGUAUGUAUCAUGAAACCAAACAAUUGCUCUGUGUUGUGUGCAGUCUGUUCUUUUAGUCUUUGCUCUACAUGCACAAAAUCAAUGUUGUGUGUCCAUGUCCUCGGUUACUAUGGAUUUAAACACUGUUGAUGAUUUGAUCAUGUGAUGCUAUUAUGUAAGUUUGAUGCUAAAUCCAUGGUCUAAAUUCACAGAUACUUGAAAUAUAGUUCUGCAGCACUUUUCUUCUGCAGAUUCUUGCUUUUGUGUACAGAUUUCUUCACUGAGUUCUUGAAGUUUUUGAGAGAAAAUUAAUUUAACUUCUCGAUGUGAUUUAAUAAUCAUAUCGUACACUUGAGAUGUGAACUCUGACGUGUAUGGUUUUGAUUAAAAUAAAAACAAGUGCCAUCA